AUGGCGGACAACCCGCGUUACAGCAUCGGCCUCAAUGAGACGCAGCUGGGCAUCGUGGCGCCUUUUUGGUUUAAGGACACCAUGACGAACACAGUGGGCCACAGAACCACAGAGGUGGCUCUGCAGCUGGGGCUGCUCUACAACCCGUCCGAGGCCCUGAAGAUAGGACUGGUGGACCAGGUGGUACCUGAAGACCAGGUCCUCGCCACAGCCACGCAGACCAUGACCAAGUGGUUGGCUAUUCCAGACCACGCCAGAGCGCUCACCAAGUCCAUGAUGAGGAAGCCAACCAUCGACAAGCUGACGUCCAACCGAGAGGCCGACAUCCAACACUUUGUUAACUUCAUCACCAAAGACUCGAUUCAGAAGUCGCUGGGCAUGUACAUGGCGAUGCUUAAAAAGAGAAGGGGCUAGAGGACAGAGGGCACACGUAUUGAGUGUUACGCGUGUUUGGGGGAGUUCAUGACACUAAGCAGUAGACACAAAGCAUCUUCCUUCAGUGUCACAUGUUCAUCGGUGUCUAUUGUGCAGAGAUCGUUGAGUGCAGCUCCCUGCAGCAGCUCACAUUCACCCCAGUGGAACACCAACUAUAAUAUGUAGUUUGUAACAUAAUGGAACUACAAUUGUAUUGUGUUGCUUAACCCUGUGUUGUACAGUGACAAUAAAUGAACCUUGAGCCUAGGAUCAA